AUGCAAAUUCAGUCGGUAUAUGAUAUCAGUAAUAUGGGUACAGAGUUUAUACCUAUAAACAAUUCUUUUCCUCCUUUCCUGACACUUCAGGCAAAAAGUUUCAUAAGAUGUGGCAUUCAAUGUAAUAUACGCAUAGAUUGUCGAGCAUUCGACUUUGAUGUGGAUUCACAGCAAUGUCGUUUGUGGAACGCUGAUUUAACGACUGGUACUAUUAGUCUAUCGUCUUCAAAACCUCGAUCAUCUGUUGGUAGUGUUAAAUUAUCACCCAGCAUCUAUGCUAAUAGUCACAACCAAUCAUGUGAUAAAUGUUUUCAAAGCCGAUACGAAAUAUGUAAUAUGAACAGUAGUACUUGCCAAUGUCCUUCGAACACAUUCUGGAAUGGUUUAGUAUGUCAAUCACAACUUUUUCAAAAUCAAAUUUGUGCACAGGCAGAUGCAUGUCGACCAGAUCUUAAUCUUACUUGCCAACCAAGUUGUGAUUUCACAUAUCGAUGUUCAAUCCUUCCUGCCAUAGGUAUUGGCCAAACAGUGGCCGGUUAUUGUAAUAAUACUAGUGGUAAUGCCACCAUAUUGAAUGGACCUUGGGGAAUGUACGUUUCUCCAGUGGAUGGAACUCUGUACGUUGCCGAUGAAUAUAAUCAAAGUUUUUUAGCUUUCUCACCAUUUUCGCGCAAAGAACGUAUACUAUUGUCCAGCGGUUUAAGUCAACCUAUGGAUAUAUUUGUUGAUAACUCGAAUACCAUUUAUAUGACCGAUCGACAGCUUAACGGUGGCACUCUGCUUGUUCAACAAAAAGGGACUAUCGUUAAAAGCUUUCCAGCCUCUGGAUAUUCGACAAGUUCUUGUCUACUCAACGGGCUCUAUCAAGCGUACGGUGUAGCAGUCGAUCGUUCUGGUAAUAUAUUUGUAGCAUCGUGGACGUGCUCUGCAGUGGUAAAAUUGGCACCGAAUGCUACGAAUGUAACGGUCGUUGCGGGAAAAAUGGGAACUUCAGGCUCUACGAAUAAUCAACUCUCUAAUCCUCGCUUUGUGCAUUUAGACGAGGAUCGAGGUGUAUUUUAUGUCAGUGAUUCCGCCAACCAUCGAAUUCAGAAGUUCAUUAUCGGUGGUAAUGGAACGGGAACGACAGUAGCAGGUGGUAAUGGUGCAGGAACAGGUUUGAACCAGUUGUAUAGCCCUGCAGGACUUUGUAUCACUCGUGACGGUCAAACUAUCUACGUUUCUGACCGUAACAAUAAUCGUGUCAUGAAAUGGACGAUCGGUGCCAAUGCAGGAUCACUUGUAGCUGGCGAUAUAAAUGGAGCGUCAGGUUAUAGUGAUCGGCUUUUGAAUGGUUUGGGUGAUGUGGCUCUUGAUCCUAGCGAAACUUAUUUAUACGUCGCAGAUGAGGAUAAUCAUCGAAUUCAGCGAUUCCGUCUUCAAUAA